AUGUCAAGAAGCGUCGCUUUGAUUGUCCUUCUCGCCCUCCUUUGCAGCUUUUCGGCUGCCAUUCCUCUUCGCAGUUUGGUAAGUUUCGACUGAUAAGCGUUCGUUUAUCACUUUGACCGGUUCGAAUCAAAUCAUGGAAAUCUUAUCACUUUUUUUAAUGCGAAUUUUCCGCGGCUGAGUGGUCUAGUGGUAUGAUUCUCGCUUAGGGUGCGAGAGGUCCCGGGAUCGAUCCCCGGCUCAGCCCAGACCAUUUUGCGAUUUUUGCAGUUCCUCCGCUCGUACGACGACAUGAAUCAGGAGAGCCUUUCGCGAGGGUACUUCAGCCCCGAUGCCACCAUAAACGACGCCGAUAACGGGGACAACAGGUGAGCAAGCGAGUCAGACUAGACUUUGCGGCAGUAAAACCAGAAAACUGCAAUAAAAGUUGUGAGAAUAACAUGUUUCUCAUGAAUGUCUGUAGCUGAUUAUAUAGCCAAAAGAAUGCGCUUUUUAGACCGAAGCGAGGACUAGACCUUCUGAAACGACGUGUCGAAAUCAUCGAACGGAAUCGGUGUUUCUUCAACCCCAUCACGUGCUAUUAG